UGUUUGACCUGGUUAUAAAUUCUGUUCUUAAGGUUGUUUUUGAUACGCUUGAAAAUGAAACAGAAACCCAGCACACAUGAAGAAGCAUGAGCUUUCAGUUUGCUUGCAUUCACUGUAGUUUCCAUAAAUAGAGUUGUAGCACUUCACUUUCAGUUAUUGCAUGGAGGAAUAGGAUUAUCUUUGCUUAACUUUAUAAGUUGUUGCUUUGUAGGAUUUUGUUAGUCUGUUUAAAGUUUAAACUAGUUUAAUAACCCACCAAACCACACUAAACGCUGCUGCUGCUUUUAUCUUAUUUACCUUUCGUAUCUCUCCUUCUUUGAGAUCUCAGGCUAAGCUGUUUCUGCUUCUCUUUACCCUUCUUCAACAGAGGCAAGAGUGUUGUAUCUUUUUGAAAUUUUUGUAUCUUCUUACAUCUAAGCAAUGAGGGAGCAGUUAGGAUUGCUAAAAGUUACUGUUGUGCAAGGGAAAAAAUUGGUUAUCAGGGAUUUCAGGACCAGUGAUCCUUAUGUAGUCGUCAAGCUGGGCAAUCAGACAGCAAAGACCAAGUUUAUCAAUAGUUGUCUUAAUCCAGUAUGGAACGAAGAGCUAAGUUUCUCACUCAAAGAACCCGUUGGAGUUCUAAGUUUGGAAGUAUUUGAUAAAGACCGUUUCAAGUCAGAUGACAAGAUGGGACAUGCUCACCUCAACCUUCAACCAAUUGCAUCUUCUGCUAGAUUGAAGCAGUUUGCCAAGGUUUCUUCUGCCGAGACAAUUUUAAGGAAGAUUGUUCCUGAUACUGACAAUUGUCUUGCACGUGAAAGCUCAAUUAGUUGCAUAAAUGGUGAAGUGGUGCAGAGUGUUUGGUUGAGGCUCUGUGCAGUCAAGUCGGGGGAGAUAGAACUAAAGAUUAAGUUAAUUGAUCCUUCUGUUGCUUGAUUUAAUUGCAAACCACGUAAAAUCUUGUGAAGCCAUAGUGAUUGAUUUACUGCUGUUGAGGCUGCAAUGAAGCCUGUCUUUGUAGUAGAUUGUGCUACAAUAUCUUGUUUCAUGGAUGACCAUGAAAAUAUUACUAAUACUAGAUUGAAACAGAUUAAUAAAUCCACCCCAAUUACUAUAAGAGAAA